ACAGAAGCGCAGCAAGAUGCGGGGCUUCAUCCUGCUGCUCCUCUGGGGGUGUUGUCAUGCAUACAGCGGGGAAACCACUACCCUGUACACAACCUCAGCCACGUGGGACCGGAAUGAGUGCCUGGACACCACCGCGUGCCCCGCGUUCUCCACCUGCAAAAACACCGUGGGCAGCUACUACUGCACGUGCAAGCAAGGCUUCCUGGCCACCAACGGGCAGAGCCACUUCAGCAGCCCGGGAGUGCAGUGCGAGGAUGUGGAUGAGUGCUCCCAAAGCCCCUCGCCCUGCGGGCCACACUCCAUCUGCGUAAACCUACGGGGGAGAUACAGCUGCAGCUGCUUUUGGGGUUUCUCUUCUCCCACUGGAAAUAACUGGCAUCCAGGAAAGCCAGGACGCUUCGCCUGCUCGGACCUCGACGAGUGCCUCGCCAACAGCACCUGCCCAGAGCACGCCGACUGCACCAACUUCCCGGGGGGCUACAACUGCGCCUGCCAGGCUGGCUUCAUCGCUAACGGCUCCAGGUGUGAAGACGUGGACGAGUGCCUGACCAGCGGGAUCUGCCCUGAGCACGCGGACUGCAUUAACGUCCUGGGGAGCUACCGCUGCAACUGCCAUCCUGGGUUCAUGCCUCAGGGCUCGGCUUGCGAAGACAUCAAUGAGUGCCUCCUAAGCGGGAUAUGCCCUAUGUAUUUUGACUGCAUCAACUUCCUGGGAAACUUCAGCUGCCACUGCCAGGCUGGCUUCAUCUCCAGGGGCUCCAUUUGUGAAGAUGUCGAUGAGUGUGUUGACUCCUGUCCCCCCAACUCCACCUGCACCAACACUUUUGGGAGCUACUUUUGUAACUGUCUCCCCGGCUUCACACCAAGCAAUGGACAACAGAAUUUCACGGAUCAAGAAGUGAAAUGUGAAGAUGUGGAUGAAUGCUCCCAAGAUCCAUCACCUUGUGGCCCACAUUCUGUCUGCACCAACGUCCCAGGCUCCUACAGCUGCGGCUGCCCCCCAGGCUUCCGGCCCAACCCGGAAGGCUCUGAGACGCAUGGCAACUUCAGCUGCAGAAGGGUUCCAUUCAAAUGUAGGAAAGAUAUAGUUCCCAACAAUGAACGGAUCCAGCUCUGCCAAGAAGGGUCAGCUGUGGACCGUAAUUAUGUCUCCUUCUGUGGCUUCAUGAAUACCACCUUCAGCGUCCUGGAUGAUGCCUGUGACAACAAAACCACCGUCGUGUCCCUGGAGAGUAAGGCUGAGAAACUCACCUCUAUGCUUGAAGAAACAUCCACGUGGACCAAGUUCACCAAGGAAGAGAAGUCCACGCUGGCCACGGUCCUCAUGGAGAGUGUGGAGAGCACCACGCUGGCGGCUUUGCUGACGUCCUCAGAGAAUGCCAGCCAGACCGUGCACACAAAGCACUUAGAUAUCGAGAGCAAAGUUAUCAAUGAAGAAUGCAAUAAAGAGAAUGCAUCCUUUCUCUUGAAAGCCAAAGGGGAUGCAAUGAACAUCGGGUGCUCCACCAUUGAAGAAUCUGAAAGCACAGGGACCACCGGAGUGGCUUUUGUCUCCUUUGCAAACAUGGACUCUGUCUUAGAUGAACGCUUCUUCAAAGACCCUCAGGCCCGCGGGGACACUAUAGAGAGGAAACUGAGAAUGAAUUCUCGAGUGGUUGGUGGCAUCAUGACCGGGGAGAGAAAAGAAAACUUCACAAAACCUAUUAUUUACACCCUGGAAAACACCCAGCCAAAGCGCAAGCUCGAGAAGGCCAUCUGUGUUUCCUGGAACACAGACAUUGAGGAUGGGAGGUGGACGCCAUUUGGCUGCGAGACCCUUGAAGCAUCGGAAACGCACACAACCUGCAGCUGUAACCGGGUGGCAAACAUGGCCGUCAUCAUGGCCUCCGGGGAGCUCACGAUGGCGUUCUCCUUGUAUGUCAUCAGCCACGUGGGCAUGAUCAUCUCCCUGGUGUGCCUCCUCAUGGCCAUUGCCACCUUCCUACUGUGCCGCGCCAUUCGCAACCACAACACCUACCUCCACCUGCACCUGUGUGUGUGCCUCUUCUUGGCCAAGUUCCUCUUCCUCACCGGUAUAGACAAGACCAACAACCAGACGGGCUGUGCCAUCAUCGCGGGGCUCCUGCACUACCUUUUCCUCGCUUGCUUCUUCUGGAUGCUGGUGGAAGCGGUGAUGCUGUUCCUGAUGGUCAGGAACCUGAAGGUGGUGAAUUACUUCAGCUCCCGCAACAUCAAGAUGCGGCACCUCUGUGCCUUUGGCUAUGGGCUCCCGGCGCUGCUGGUGACUAUCUCAGCAAGCGUGCAGCCCCAGGGCUACGGCAUGCAUGACCGCUGCUGGCUGAAUACAGAGACAGGGUUUAUAUGGAGCUUCCUGGGUCCAGUUUGCACAAUCAUCGUGAUCAACUCUGUGCUCCUGAGUUGGACACUGUGGAUCCUGAGGCAGAAGCUUUGCAGCGUCAACGCCGAUGUCUCCACGCUCAAAGACAGCAGGUUGCUGACCUUCAAGGCCUUCGCCCAGCUCUUCAUCUUGGGCUGCACCUGGGUGCUGGGCAUUUUCCAGAUUGGACCCAUAGCGAGUAUCAUGGCCUACCUGUUCACCAUCAUCAACAGCCUGCAGGGGGCCUUCAUCUUCCUCAUCCACUGCCUGCUCAACCGCCAGGUUCGAGAGGAAUACAGGAGAUGGCUCAGAAGAAAGAGCACGCCCAGCUCCCAGCCCCAGACCUCAGGGAUGCUGCUGUCCUCCGCACCCUCCACUUCCAAGAUGGCAAAGGACUGCCCAUCUCCCAGAGAUUCUGUUCUCAAGGAAUGCUCAUCAUGCGACCACACUCAACAGGGACAGGUCUCCUGGGAGAGCUCCAGGCUCUGAGGAAGUUCUCUUUUCUCUCUUCCAGAGUUAAACUGCUUGCUCGCUUUCCAGCAUACUCUUAUAGAGCAACAUGCGAGAACCACAAGUGCCUUCAGGAGCCAGCUCUGAUGGCUUCUCUUCAUGGUUUAUUGUGGAAAAACAAGAUGCUACCAGCUCUAAAACUCUGUGGACAAUUCAGAGCACGGGUGGGUAGGGACUGGGCUUUCACGCACAGGAGAGAAACAAAAGUUCCUUCCCCAGAUUACUGUUUUACCUUCCGUAGUUUGCAACUCUUUGAAUUUCCAGUGUUCUUGAAAACAGCACUUCCCACUUCAGUGGCGUGACUGAGAACGCAGGGCCACCGUUUUGUGUCCUUCCUUCACGGGUGCCUCGUCCCAAAUGUCCUCUGGCACCUACCCUGUCACUGACACAGAAAAGAUCUCAGUAAAUGAUUUGUCAUCUGGCUAAGCGAAUUACUAUCAAAGACGCUUCCUGUCUUUAAGGAAACAAUCAGGAUAUGUUGAUGAAGUCUGGGAAACCAGUGACUUACAUAGAUGUAAACUACGUUGGUAAAUCACUUAGAAGGAUGACAUGGGGAAGUAGGAGCACUUCCUGGAGCAGAUUGCUAGCACUUCCUGCAUCACCGAAACCCUCAGGGACAGUCUCUUGGGGAAAAUGCUCUGGUUUCCUUGGAGUUUUCAGGUAACCAGCAUCAUCCUUAUCUUUUCAGAAUUUGGUUAUGCCUUGGAUAGGAUUUGCUGGGGCCACACCCUUCCCUGUAACUUUUUCCUCCUACUUUGACCCUGGGCUUGGUCUUAUGCUGCUUUGGUCAAUGUAACAUUAGCAAAUCAAGUUCAACCCAAAUUCACAGUCGGUGUGAUUUCCUUCCCGCCAUUACGAUGCUAAAAUUUGCUUCCUGGUGCUUUCUUGCCUGCACCAUGAGAAUAUGCCCAAACUCACUCACCCAUGAGGAAUGUGUAAGGAAUACUUGGCGGAUGAGGAGGAAUGCCAGUUAUGCAAAUUGUGGCAGUCUCAGCCAAUCCACUUGCCAGCAUGUAGAUGACCGUCACCCCUUGAGGGAACUCUGCCAACAUCAGCAGAUGCAAGGGGCUGCCGCAGGUGCUCAUGGGCAGCAAUGGAAUAUCAGUGUUUUAAGACACAGAGUUUCCAUAAAGGUUUGUUAUGAGGCAUCAGAUGUGUGAAUUCCUAAGGGAUAAAACAACCAACAAAGGGCUGGUCAAAUAGCUCAGUGGAUUAAAGCUCCUGCAAGUGGGCGUAGGGAC